AUGCACAUUACCACACCCUUCCGGUUGUUCCUGAUGUCGUUCACUAGCAUCUCAACCCUCGUUCGCGGAGAUCCUGGCUACCAGAACAUUCCUGCAAGCGGUAUCAUCGACAAUUCCUGCAGCAACGGGCAGCCUCUGUUCAUCGGCCUGCCGGAGCAGACGAAUGAGAUACCGCCGGACAUCUACGGCGCUCGAUCGAUCGAUCUGCCUUUUGGCCGUCUGUACCACGGGUCCAUGAAGUUCUUUGCCCAGGGCGAAUACAACACCCCGGAAGGCAUCACAGACAAAUGGCUCCCGGGCACGAACGACUUUGCCAACCAGAGUGCGUGCGGCAUCCCCGAUAACGCAUUCUACAACUCCAAGGUGGCCAUUCAUCCCUACUUUCUCAAGUAUGCCGACCUCAGCCGUUACUGCAUGCAAGACGUUUGCAUCUCCUUCUGGAAAGAAGACGGGUCGUCCGACAUGAUGCUUAAAAUCACCGACAUCUGCAGCACCGAUCCCAGCGACCCCACGCACUGCGCCACCCCUGGGGAUAUCAAGAUCGACCGGGCGAAAGCGCAAGUGAUGGAAGGCUUCGGCAAUGUGCCCAUCAACAGCGUUCCAGAUCUCAUGGGGAACGAGUAUCCGGGAAAGAUAUACUGGUUCUUUGCAAAGUGCUGGGCAGACGGUCUCGCGCAACCAGCGUAUCAAAAUGUAGCAAAUAACUGGUUCACCAACCCCCGUCUUCCCAACAACCUAGACUGGGCACAGAAGCAAGCCACCCAGCAGUACACCGCGAAUCAGAUAGCCUACCCGGCCAAAGGUUGGCCCCUCUACCCGAACGGUGCGUAUAACCCUGAUCGAGAGGCAAACAGUCCCAACGUCUCUGACUGGGUUCCGGGCGAGGAGCCAGCGUGGUCGCCGAUCGCUGGAGGGAAGGGUUGGGGGAUCCCUUAA